AUGGCGACCUCUGACCCCGAGACCACCGCCGCAGUCGUGAACCCCAGCCGUCCCUCUAACAGCGGCGCGAUUGCGUCUGCGUCGUCAAACAUGCCGUUGCAGACUCAGCAGCUCUACAAAUCGUCUCACAAGGGGCAGGGAACGACUCCGGUGCCAAAGUCGUAUCAGGAGGACAGACUCCAUGCCCGAAAUGUUCCUGCUAGCGAGGCCGAUGCACCUUCAUCUACUGGUGCCGAAGGGGCAGCACCGUCACCGCUGUUUGGCGCGCGCUCGUCCUGCACAGAGGACGCCGGCUCGGUUCCCCAGCGGAAGCUUUCGCCGCUUCAGAGGAGGCAGCUGCAGUUUCGCAACAAGGCUGCCUUUGCCCUUACCCCACAGGCUCUCCGGCGUGUGAAGCACCUACUCGCGCAGUACUCGACAGCGCACUCGGCCGCGGCAGUCAAGUCGCCGUUGACCAGCGAUGCCUCUGCUGCAGCUCCUUCUGGGAUCCGCAUUGGUGUGCGGCGGCGUGGUUGCAGUGGGUACAGCUACACGGUGAACUACUACUUUGACUCGGCAAAGCGCGGCGACAAGGGUGCGACUCCACCGCGCAAGAUGGCCGACUUGAUGGGGGACUUGGUCGUGGAGCAGGAUGGCAUUAAGAUCGUCGUGGAUGCUGAUGCCCACUUCUACGUGAUUGGCACGGUAAUGGACUAUGUGGUAACCAACGUUGAGGAGAAGUUCACCUUCAAGAAUCCGAACCAGAAGUACAGCUGCGGCUGCGGGGAGAGUUUCAUGCCAUUCGACGGAGAUGACGUGGACGAUGACUAG